CGCGGGGCCCGGGCGCCAUCUUGGAUUCUGCAACUGGGCCGAGGCUUCGGGGCUCGCUGCUUGUCGGCUGCCGCUCGCCGAGGGCGUCCGGGGCGGCGACGAGGAGGUGCCGAGGCGAGGGACGCGGACUGCGCGGGACAGAGGAGGGACGCUUCCCCCCUGGGCAGCCGGAGCCGCCAAGGUGGAGCCGCGUCGGCGCCCGCCGCGGGACCAGCGUCUCGGAUGCGGGCGGAGCGCGGGGGGCCGCGACGGCGGGAGCGCGGAGACGGGGUCCCGGGAGGCCUCAUGUGAGAGCCGCGGGAGCCGCCGCCGCCCGCGCAGCCCGGGGUGGUGUGUGGGGGAAGCCGCCCCCGGCAGCAGGAUGAAACGAGGAGGAAGAGAUAGUGACCGUGACUCACCUGAAGAAGGCACUGCAGAGGAACCUAAGAAACUGAGGACUACACAUGAGUGUUCUCAGCCUUGUGACUGGGGUAACCUCUUGCAGGACAUUGUCCUCCAAGUGUUCAAGUAUUUGCCUCUCCUGGACCGGGCUCAUGCUUCACAAGUCUGCCGGAAUUGGAAUCAGGUGUUUCACAUGCCUGACUUGUGGAGGUGUUUUGAAUUUGAACUGAAUCAGCCAGCUACAUCUUACUUGAAAGCUACACAUCCAGAGCUAAUCAAACAGAUUAUUAAAAGGCAUUCAAAUCAUCUACAGUAUGUCAGCUUCAAGGUGGACAGCAGCAAAGAGUCAGCUGAAGCAGCUUGUGAUAUAUUAUCACAGCUUGUGAAUUGCUCUUUAAAAACACUUGGACUUAUUUCAACUGCUCGGCCAAGCUUUAUGGAUCUACCAAAGUCUCACUUUAUCUCUGCACUGACAGUUGUGUUUGUAAACUCCAAAUCCCUGUCCUCACUUAAGAUAGAUGACACCCCGGUAGAUGAUCCAUCCCUUAAAGUGCUAGUGGCCAACAACAGUGACACACUCAAGCUGCUAAAAAUGAGCAGCUGUCCUCAUGUCUCUCCAGCAGGUAUUCUGUGUGUGGCUGAUCAGUGUCAUGGUUUACGAGAACUGGCCCUGAACUACCAUUUGCUAAGUGAUGAGUUGUUGCUUGCACUGUCUUCUGAAAAGCACGUUCGCUUAGAACAUUUGCGCAUUGAUGUUGUCAGUGAGAACCCUGGACAGACACACUUCCACACUAUUCAGAAGAGCAGCUGGGAUGCCUUCAUCAAACACUCACCCAAAGUCAACCUCGUGAUGUAUUUUUUUUUAUACGAAGAGGAAUUUGACCCAUUCUUUCGUUAUGAAAUACCUGCCACUCAUCUUUACUUUGGGAGAUCAGUAAGCAAAGAUGUGCUUGGCCGUGUGGGCAUGACCUGUCCGAGACUAGUAGAACUGGUAGUGUGUGCAAAUGGUUUACGGCCCCUGGAUGAAGAGUUAAUUCGCAUUGCAGAACGUUGCAAAAAUUUGUCAGCAAUUGGGCUGGGGGAAUGUGAAGUCUCAUGUAGUGCCUUUGUUGAGUUUGUGAAGAUGUGUGGAGGCCGCCUGUCUCAGUUAUCCAUUAUGGAAGAAGUGUUAAUUCCUGACCAAAAGUAUAGUUUGGAACAGAUCCAUUGGGAAGUGUCUAAGCACCUUGGCAGGGUUUGGUUUCCAGACAUGAUGCCUACUUGGUAACAGUUGCAUGAUGUAGGGCGUGAUGAGUAAACAGCACCUUAAUUUUAAGAGAAUGUGUUAUAAUAAAAGUUUAUUUGCUCUAGAUCUGAUGUAAUUAUACUAUUUUGUGUCUCAGAAAUUUGCUGUCUUCGGUGAGCUUAUAUAAUGAAUGAAAUUUGUCAGAAGACCUACAGUUUGGGUUAGGUAACUUCUUUUUGUAGCCUAAUAGUAAUAACUGUUUUAAAAGAAAAUGUGGUUUCAUAUUUGAAAGUAAUAUCCAGUUAUGAAAAGGAGACAAUUUAUAGUCUGAAGGAAGCAACCUGUAUAUUCUAAUAUCUAAGAAGUGUACUAAUAGGUUUUAUGAAAUGUUCUCUAUGCAUUUUUUAAAAAAAAUGUAAACUUGACAUUUUAGGGUCUUCAGUUAUAAAUACACCUGUUAUAAGGUGUGUAAUAUAGCUCAGGAAAGUGAGCAUUUUGUGAGAGAAAUGUAUGAUAUAGCUCAUAAGAGGCUAGUUAAAUGUUUUCAAAUGUUACGAAGCUGUUUUAAAAAUAAAGAUAUAAAUGUCAGAGGACUUAAAACACUGAUAAAUGUUACAGUGGUUAUUAAGGAUGGCACACAGAGCCAGGAUCAAAGCUAAAGAAAUCAGUGGACUAGAAGAGAGGUAGUAGCUCUGUAUACACUUUAGGUUUCCUGUGUAAUAUGCUAAACCAUGUAAGUUCUUUUUUGUUAUAUUAUUCACUGUUGUGGCGCCUGAGGCAUUGUAAAGGAAUGCUUUAAUCUUUUUUUUAAUCUUUAUUUAAACUAGUUUUGAACUAUUACACAGUAAUAAAUGAAAAAUUUACUUAAAAACUAAAUUGAAAUAAUUAAAAGUAGAACUUUAUAUAAGUUGUUUAUGAAGUUUCAUGAAAGAAUAUUAGUCUCCAGUGAACUUUAGUGAUGGCUCAUGCUUUUAAGUUUGGAAUUACAAAGCUAUGACAGAUACAACUUAAAAAAAUCAAAAGGAGUAUCUGUACAGUUCAGAAACACUAAAUUUAAAAGAAGAUAUAGAUAUAUAAGUUCAUAAUUGAGUAAAUACUACUUCAUGAACUGGAACAUUUUAACAGAAAAAUAUCUGCAGUUUUGUGAUAAUUUGGUUGAAACUGGUAUUUUAUAUUAUUUAUGUAGCUUUUCCUAUUACGUUCCUAUGAAUAAAGGUAAAUCAGUGUAAAGAAUGCUAAGUUUUGGUUACAUAGUUUUGGAUUGCUGGUUUUUGUUUGGUUUUAGAUACUGAAUGAGCUUGGAUUCUGGGCACAAGUGCUAAUAGACAUCUCUCCUGAGGGAGAGUAGAAGAGACUUGCCCCAGCAUCAGCACACUUCAGUGUCUGACGUGUCCUCCUCAGCAGCGUGACUUGUAGAAAGUACGCUGAUAGCUACAGAAGCUAGCCUUCUGAGCCUAAAACAAAUGUGGCUUUCUACACAAUUCAUGCUUUUCAAAAGUGAUGGUAUUCUUUCAGCCACAUAUGGACGAUAAGGAAAAGACUGACCCAGAAACUCAACAUUAAAGGCAACUAUUUCCCUCUUACUAAAUAGUAAUCUUUGACUGUACAGGAACUACUUGUGCUAGUUGCGGUGUUUGUUUUUUUUUUUUUUUAAUUUUUUGAACAACUUUGAAAAAUGGAUUUGAUGGUAUAUAAGCAGUUUUAAUAACCAAAGCUUUAUUUGAAAACUUACUUUUUGUAAUAAAUUGAAUUACAUGCUUGAAUACUUUAAGUCACUUUAUAAGCAAAAUGCAUAGCACUUAAUUUGUUUAUACUGUAAAAUAUAUGUUAAAUGGUUUUAUCAAUUUGAGAAUAAAGAUAGUUACUAA